AUGGUGGAUACACCACGCGAGCCACAUGGUCUCGCGGCUAGGCCACCAACAGCGCUCACAAAAAUAUUCGGAAAGAAAAAAGACCCAUAUUUCGGUUCUUACGAGCUCGACUAUGAAAAAGCCAGAGCAAAGAUGCUGCUACCAACGAAAGAUCGUCUACGAGAGGCUGGCAUGCAACCACUGAAGGAAUUUUGGUUAAGUGAUGACGAUAUGGAAGCUCUUAUUCUAAAAGAAAUCGACCAACUGAGCGAUGAAAAUAAAGAUCUGUGCUACAUCCUUCCGACGUAUGUUUGGACGUCGAUUCAUAGACUUCGUCGAAGCCCUGGUGGACAUAUACAACACCCAGCAAACAGAUACGAAGCGGUGAAACAUCUUAUAUGGCCACGACGCAAUAAAAAGAGAAUAGAGGCACAGAAAAAGUUUAACCCGCUCAGAAGAAAGUAUCUUUUUCUGCCUGUCAAUCAAGAUGCACACUGGAGUCUCAUUGUUGUUGUUAACCCGUGGAAGACAGUUGAGCGGCUCGUUGAUCCUGAUCCAACGACGGAAGUCUUUAAUAUGCCAGUGAAUCCUGACGGUAAUGGUGGCACACCCUCUGACGUGAGUGAGGAAUUCGCAGAGAGAUACAAUUUAUUGGAAAACGAAAGAAUCGACACGAAUCGGUACUCGCAGUUCGCUCCCUACGAAUCAGAACCAGUGAUCUAUCACUUGUGCUCACUUACAAAGUCGGAUUGGAUUCAAAAGUGCGAAUUAGCUUGUGAGCUUUUAACAGGGAUGUUUCUAGACGAAGACAACCCAGAUCUCAAAGAUACUCACCUGGAUCUACUAAAACGAGGGCUGCUUAUAAGAACCGACAACGGUCUGCAAAUUUUAAAUGGUCGGCGACCCAGGAAACUUGUUUGUGAUCGAGCCACUAGGGGAAUGAUGAACCGUCCCUGGCCUUGCGACGAGUGUCUGAAGAACGGCCCAAACCGCUUCCAAAAAUUCCUACCCUUCCGUUACUACCACCAGAGUUCUCCACAGCAGUUCAACGAGUACGAUUGUGGCGUCUACACCAUCUAUGCCAUGCGAAAGUGGAUGCUCAAUGAGAAGCAAAUUAAAAGGUACUUGCACCGAUGCUUGGAUUCUUGGUGGUCGCCUGUUGAUGUUUACAAUUACAAGUAUGCUACCAGGAGAUACUUCGACAAGCUUGCCAACGUUCCUGAUAGAGAGCCUGUGAAUAUAUUUGGAUCACCGGAAGAGAACGGCUAUCUUGGAUCAUCAAAAGACUCCUUCCUUGCUUACAGACGACUCAAAGGUCUAGAAGUGAGAGAGCCUGAAAAGGGAGUCAAAACUGAACCAGAGUCCGAGGAAGUCGAGGAAGAAGUCAUCUCACAAGACGAGGACGAUCUAAAUGAGGAACUUAUUGAAGAGGCUGUGGAAGAAGACUUGGAGGAUGAAAUCGAGGAUGAUUCACAAGUCGAAGAGGAAGGACAAGAAGAAGAUCUGGACGAGAGUGAACCAACAGAUUCGUUUGUCAAUGGUGACGCCGAAACUAACGGAGAGCCAGAAGACACAAACUCAGCUGAUACCGAAACUGCCGACUUUCUAGAAGCUGUAAACAAUGUCGAUGAGUCCAACGAGACAGAAUCAAUGCCAGAACCUAUUAACGGUGUUUUUAACGGCCUUGAAGAUAUAAGCGCUGCUGAGGACAGCGAUGACGAAGAAAACGAUACUGGGAGGACGAGGAGUAAUAAUGGAGAUUUCGCUCCUCUUUACGCAGACGAUACUGGUCAUUCUGAUACAGUAGACACUGUUACUACUCCAAAUACCAGUAGUUUGCUCUCUGUUGAUGAAACUUUAGAUGGCCUACCAGAUAUCAGCAGCGAAACUGCCAACUCGUCUGCCAUUGACAAUGAUGGUGCAACUCAGAUGGAAGACGUCUCGUUAGAAAUCAGCGCUGUGGACAAAACAGACGCUAACUACAAUGAUCUGCGAACGAAUCUGUUUGAUUUGUCCGAAGAAGAAGACGAGGAGGAUGGAGAAGAAAACGCUGGAGCUAAAGCAAGUAAUAGCCCAAUAAGAAAUGAUGCCGAGGAAGAAAAUAACGGAGAUAACGAAAAUAUAGAAAACGACGUUCCUAUCCCUGAAAAAGAACCGGAUGUCGAUGAUGUCAUAGACAUGACUAACGACGCAGAGUUACCAAAGCCUGUAGCAAGUAAAAAACGCAAGCGUCGCGCGAAAGCUGCAGUCUCUGAAGAAGAACUAGCCAGUUAUGCCUACGCCUUUGAAGUUCACAGAGUACUCAACCUUCGUUACUCUCGACGCGCCGCUAGCACGCCAAAAAUUUACACACCUCCAACGUACAGACGGACGAAUAACACAAAUAAGGUCACGAAAAGAACGACGGCCAAGAAAUCCGCCAAGAAAAAGUCUACGAAGAAAGGCACGAAGAAAGCGGCAUCUAAAAACGGCGCUUCAGACAAGAGCUCAUCAUCUGGACGAGCAUCUCCCACAAAAAGCGAGCCAUCUCCAAAGAAACCGAAACGCUCACGAGCGGGCACCUCAAAAUCACCAGCAAGGACGCGGACAGCAAAUGACGAGGACGAUCCACCACCUCCACGAGGGCCUAAAGAAGAACCUGGAUUUUCUGGGGCAAGUUUUGGAGCGCCCCGCCAUGACUACCCCUCUUACUUAAUCUGGAUUGGAUUCCACAGACCCCCACCACAACUCCCACCACAGCUCCCGGACAACGAAGAGCCAGCUGAAGAGACGCAGCAGGCUCCCGCAUCUUCUAAGCGAUCAACAAAAUCACGAAAAAAGCGGGGAAAGAAGUAA